AUGGCGAAUUAUUCUCCUGAUUCGUGUCUCAAAGGUGGGAAAUUCAGUGCACCGGGUUUCCGAUUUCACCCGACCGAUGAAGAGCUUGUGGUGUAUUACCUCAAGAGGAAGAUCUGUUGUAAAAAGCUUAGAGUCAAUGUCAUUGGCGUCGUUGAUGUUUACAAAGUCGAUCCUUCCGAAUUGCCUGGCCUAUCGGUGUUGAAGUCUGGAGAUCGACAAUGGUUCUUCUUUACUCCAAGGAACCGUAAGUACCCGAACGCAGCUAGGUCAGGUAGAGGCACUGCAACUGGUUACUGGAAGGCAACAGGAAAAGAUCGAGUCAUAGUGUACAACUCAAGAUCUGUGGGACUCAAAAAGACUCUUGUUUUCUAUAGAGGCCGUGCACCUAACGGCGAACGCACUGAUUGGGUGAUGCACGAGUACACGAUGGACGAAGAAGAGCUCGGGAGAUGCAAGAACGCCAAGGAGUAUUAUGCGCUUUAUAAGCUGUACAAGAAAAGUGGGGCUGGUCCCAAGAAUGGUGAAGAGUAUGGUGCUCCGUUCCAAGAAGAAGAAUGGGUUGAUGAUGAUAGUGAAGAGGAGGCAGAUGAUGUCGUCCCUGUACCGGAUAAUCGAUUGGUGCCCUGUGAGAACCGUCUUCGUGUGGAAGAUAAUAUACUUUGCCAUCCUGUCAAUGUUCACUUGGAUGAUUUCGAGAAGCUUCUCAACGGAAUCCCAGAUGCGCCCGGGGUUGCCUCAAGGCAAGUUAAUGAGCUUUCUGGUGUUCUGCAGGGUAAUAGCGAAGAAGUGAUACAGAGCAUGUUGCCGAAUCAUUCUUCUCCACAGUUUUACGGAGAUUUCUUGCCAAAUAGCCAGACGUACAACAGGCAGUCGAGUUUUCAGUCACAGGUGAGAUCAGCAAACGCUAAUGAGGCCAAGUCAGCUUUCAACACCUCUGGUAUGGGACCUCUAGUGUUUGAGAAAGAGGAUUACAUUGAAAUGAAUGAUCUGCUGAUCCCUGAAUUCGGAGCUUCUUCAACUGAGAACUCCGGACAGUUCUUAAACACUGGUGAAUUAGGAGACGUUAAUGAGUUUGACCAAUUGUUCCACGACGUUUCCAUGUCUUUGGAUGUUGUUGAACCUGUUUUUCAGGGAACCUCUUCUCUGAUGAGUAAUUAUGGUAACAACAACAACACAUCAUCUGACCAAAGACUGCAAUACAUUUAUCAGCAGUUUCAGGACCAAACCCCUCAGACUCAGAUGCAGCUGAACAACUUCGUGGAUCCUAGUACACCUCUCAACCAAUUCACUGACGAUUUUUGGUUUAAAGAUGCUCAGACGGAUCUCUUUCAUCAACCACUAUCUUCUUCUUCACCUUCAUCAGGUGUGAUGCCUGAGUCUACGAGUCCUACUAUGACCGUAAAUGCCCAAGAGCAGGAAGGACAAAAUGGUGGUGGAACAAGGAGCCAGUUCUCAUCAGCUCUGUGGGCAUUUAUGGAUUCAAUACCUUCGACACCAGCCUCUGCGAGUGAAGGUCCUAUUAACCGGACCUUUGUGCGUAUGUCUAGCUUGAGCCGAAUCAGGUUCAACGCAAUGUCAGUGACUAGUACUACUAGCAAAGGCACCAUGGCAAAGAAGCGUACCGGAAACAGAGGAUUUCUUGUUUUAUCGGUUAUGGGUGCUUUGUGUGCCAUCUUCUGGGUGGUCAUCGUAGCCACAGUUGGAGUCUUGGGGAGACCUGUCUUCUCGUGA